AACAGUGCAGUGAGGUGUGAUACUGAGCAAGAUGCAGAGCUCCAUGGUUCCUCUGAACGCUCCUCUAGGACAUGGAAUAGGAGCAGGGACAGUCGUGGUGUCCAUGCCAGAGCAUCCACCUGAUUAUGCAGCUUGGUCUGUUUGUUCCAUGUCCUAUGGUAACCUGUGCUGUCUGGGCCUGAUCGCCUUGAUUUUCUCCAUGAAGUCAAGAGACCAGAAAAUGGUGGGAAACAUGACUACAGCAAAGAAGUAUGGCUCCACAGCAUGUUGUCUCAACGGCUUUGCUCUCGGGCUUUCCAUCAUUUCCGCCAUCAUCAUCAUUGUGACUUGCUUCGGUAGAUUAUAGAGUAUAACAACAGAGAAUUACGUGCUGCUAAAGUCAAUCUGCAGAAAACAAAAUACUUGUGACUCAUAUAUUUCUAAAGAUAGUAAUAAAAUAUUGAUAUUGAUCA